GAGUGUUGUAGCCUUGCCGACCGCGGACCACCAACAAAACUGGCCAGAUCAUAAUUUCUGGGCCGACGAUGACGAUUACACCUUGAGCGAACGUAAACAAAAUUGGCAAUCUGGAAAUGCAUUAAUAUAAAUUAAAGUUGUCACGUGCUUGAUCGGGCAAAUUUACCGACCACACGUCGCGUUUACUUGAUUGUUUGGGUAUCGAAGGAUCAGCUGGCUUUUGAGUCGGUAGCCAUCUAGAUACAUAAUGGCCACCAGUGCCAAGAGGCCAUCACUAGGGGCGGUAGCUCCACGCAAAAAAACUAGCCCCAAACCUGAACUUACAGAGGAACAGCGGCAGGAGAUACGGGAGGCCUUUGAGCUCUUUGAUACAGAGGGCUCUGGUCACAUUGAUGUAAAGGAACUGAAGGUGGCCAUGAGAGCACUGGGGUUUGAGCCCAAGAAGGAGGAGAUCAAGAAGAUGAUCACAGAAGUGGAUAAGGAAGGCACUGGAAAAAUCUCUUUCAAUGAUUUUCUCUCGGUUAUGACUCAGAAAAUGGCUGAGAAGGAUUCUAAGGAGGAAAUCCUUAAAGCUUUCCGGCUGUUUGAUGAUGACGAGACGGGGAAAAUAUCAUUCCGCAACCUCAAGAGAGUGGCCAAAGAACUGGGAGAGAACCUCACAGAUGAGGAGCUGCAGGUACAUAACGUCAAUGGGCUUGUUGAAAUGUGUCACAGCAAUUUGGAAAUGAUUGAUGAGGCAGACAGAGAUGGAGAUGGGGAGGUGAACCAGCAGGAGUUCUUUCGCAUCAUGAAGAAAACAAGCCUGUACUGAUCAGCUGAGUCUCUAUCUUCAGCGGCAGGGGCAAGGGGCAUGUAGUAUAUUUAGUCCCCUGUGGUCACUACUACACCUGUCCUGUGCACUGAGGUUGUUUACAAUGAAAACAUCACAAAUUAUAUUAAAUCUGACAUUCCCAUUCAAAACUCAUCAGUUAUAUAUGUAUGGUUUUGCAUUUAGCCCCAUAUACUGUUUGCCAAAUACUGUUAUGGGAAGCUCUGGUUAAAUACAUUGGAAGUCAGUUGUAUAAGACCAUUUACUUAAUACCAUGCCAAGUGUUGGUAAACAAUAUGUGCCAUUAUCUGAUUUGCUCAAUGGCUGAUGUUCAAAAUUACAAAGCACAGCUGUGUCAUUUUUAUUGGACAUCGCUCCCAGAAACAUUUUGGGGUGAGCACCAAAAUCCUACAGUGCCUACAUCUGCUUGGGAACAAAAGAAAACCUGUUUGAUGAUCCUAAACAACAUUCUCAUACCAUUCCUGAUGUUCACACAUAUAUUUCAGUCUUGUAAUAAAAUGAAAGAAGAUAGUUAUAUGAUAAGAGAUACUAUAGUACUUUUUCCCUUACUGAAUUCUGGCUGCUUGAAUUUGUAUUUUUGCUUGCCGUUGUGUGUUCAGGGAGUAAGCUCUGUAUUUUUACAGCUGACCUCAUCCUUGUGCCUAAAUUGUGACAGAGGGUGUCUGUAAGCUUCAGGGAGGCCCCCAUAUCUGCUACCCCUUAGCACUGGUCUCUCUAAAUACUUUCAUCUGUAAUGUUAAGUGAUGCUGUGUCUGUAUUUUCUGAUAUGUACUGGAUAUUCUUGCACCCUCUUUGUAUUUGUACACCUUUGCCCUUGAGUACUGAAUGUUUUGUAUUUGGCUGCAUAAGCAGUUAGAAUUAUUUAAAGUAUAAAUAUAGCAGUAACUUGA